UAUUGUGUGCUUCGAAGCUGAAUGCUUCACAAAACGCCAACUCCCACCCGUCCAUCCCCCCUUAAUAUCGAGUGACCGCCGUUCAAAGAGCAACGAACGCGACUCUAACAAAACACAAAGGCCACUUUAUUCGUUUACUGACUUUCGCCUGAGACACACAAGCGAAGCAGCCGAGCAGGAAUAGCAUUUACAGCAAACAAAGCGAUUGACUGACACCAUCCACACACCAUACCUGGAUCUCCCUAUAACUAUAGCUAGCUAGCUAUGCGGUACGUGGGGCACCACACGUAACAACGACAAUAAAAGAGUCCGCCUUGUUUAUUGUUACAAUUGUAUCGGAAGGAGAAACUUAAUACAAACCCACUCAGCGCUGGUCUUGACAACGACAGUGACUACGAGAUUAAAAUGGCGGAGAACGUGGAGAUGGUGGAUAGUAAAUAUGGCGAACCGUUGCGUUAUGAUCGCAAUUUCCAGGGACCACGACAACGGAAUCGCAGCUGCACUGAUGUGCCCUGCCUGAUCCUAUUUGCGCUCUUCCUGGGUGGGUGGGUAUUUAUAGCCCGUUAUGCCAUUAAUAAUGGCGAUCUCGACAAGCUUAUGGUGCCGACAGAUACGUUCAACCAGAAAUGCGGCAUCGAUUCCAAUGUGCUAAACAAGAAGUAUUUGUUCUUCUUCAAUCUGGAAGAAUGCAUUGAUCCGCUGGUGCCAAUUACGGGCUGCAAAACGCCGCAGAUUUGUGUAGAAAGUUGUCCAACCCAGACGUUCGAUUGGGAGACCAUGAACAAGAAUGGCCUGACCAUUGCGCAGCUAAAGAGUCCCCUUAUCUGCAAAACGGAAAAGGACAAGGCAGCCCUUCACUCCAGGGCCGACAUCGACAAAGCUGUAAGAGAUGGUCGCUGUGCCCGCCACUAUAUCAAGAGUCAACCGAUCUUCAAUCGCUGCAUGUUCGAGAUCUCUGAUCAGCUAUGCAGAAGAUCACCCAGCUACCGCACGCGUCGAGAUUCAGAGCAGCUGCAGCUGACACAUAAUGUCAGUCAAUCCAAGAAGCUGGUUAUGCCGGCAAUGGCUUUGACUCUUCAAUCUGAGGCUCAAGCGCGAGUGGCGGUCUCCCCAUCCCAGGUAGCGCCGGUGAAUGAUAAGGGUGACCAGUGUCUCCAGCAGCAGCACGAUGGCGAGGUCAUCCAAAAGAAGAUGAUGCAAACAAAUACUCAACUGGCUAAAAUGGUGGGCAAUCUGGUGACGCGCUUCUACAAUGGCACAGCAGAUGUGCAGCGACUGGGCGAAGAGAUUGUCGAUGAUCUGGUCAACUCCCUGACCGUUGUGAUAGUUGCAUUGUGCAUCACACUAAUCGCUUCGCUGGUGUUCAUCACACUGAUGCGCUGGCUAGCGGCGCCAAUAGUCUGGUUCUCCAUCAUUGGCGUCCUGAUCGGCCUAUUGGUCGGCAUCUACUACAGCUUUAAACAGUAUACCUACUGGAACAAUACGCCAACGGUGCCGCAACACGACUUGAAUCUGUUUAAGCAAAUCGAGAAUCUAUUGCAGAAUCCUACAUUUUGGCUAUGCUUGUCCAUUGCAUUGUGCAUCUUCUUUCUGACCAUCUUUCUGCUGGUGAUUGUGCUGCGCAAACGCAUACAGAUUGCCAUCUCACUAAUCAAGGAAGGCAGCAAAGCUGUCAGCACGGUCAUCAGCACCGUCUUCUUUCCCAUAUUUUCCUGGGUGCUGCUGAUCGCUGCUAUUGGUUUUGCCGUUGUCGUUGGCCUUUAUUUGGGCUCCAUUGGAUCGUUAUCGUUUCGCAUGGUGCGCCGCUUAGACAAACCCUUCGAAUUGAACAACGAGAAUUGUAUUUGUCAAGGACCCGCUAUUAAUUACACCAUUGGCAACGCCUGUGAUCCGCAGAUAUUCCACGACUAUUGCCGCACCAGCAACGGACACUGCGUUGACACCUCAUGCAGCUUCCUGAAGCUCGAUAAUCCCACGUAUAUCCGUUGGGCCAUAGCAUAUGAUAUUUUUGGUUUCUUCUGGCUGAGCUUCUUUAUAACCGCCUUCAGUGACAUGGUGUUGGCGGCCACCUUUGCCCGAUGGUACUGGACCUUUAAAAAGCGAGAUGUGCCUUAUUUUACGCUGUCGCACGCCUUUGUCCAAACGGCCUUCUACCACUUGGGCACCUUGGCUUUUGGCUCACUGAUCUUGGCCAUUUGCCGGAUGAUUCGCCUGGUGCUGGAGUACAUCGAUAGGAAGCUGAAGAAGUAUGAUAAUGUUGUGACACGAGCUAUUCUAUGCUGCAUGCGCUGUUUCUUCUGGCUGCUGGAGUCCUUUCUCAGGUUCCUCAAUAAAAAUGCGUACAUCAUGUGCGCCAUACACGGCAAGAAUUUCUGCACGAGUGCCAAGGAUGCGUUCAGUCUGCUCAUGCGCAAUUGCCUGCGCGUCGUCGCACUGGACAAGGUCACUGACUUUCUCUUCUUUCUUUCGAAGCUGCUGCUCACCGGUGGCGCUGGAGUGGCCACAUACUAUUUUCUGGCCAACAAUCCGCAUGUUAUACAACUGAACCACAAGGCUGUGCCGACCACUGUUGUGGUAAUUGCCGCUUUUCUAAUAACCAGCGUAUUCUUUGGCGUCUACUCGAUGGCCGUAGACACACUCUUCCUAUGCUUCCUUGAGGAUUGCGAGCGCAACGAUGGCACUCCCGAGAAGCCCUACUUUAUGUCCAAGCAGCUAAUGAAGAUUUUGGGCAAAAAGAAUAAAUUGCCACCGCGUCAGCGUCGCAGCAAAUAAAGAAAGCACAAAAGCAAUA